CGGGACGAGAGCAGGGGGAGCACGGGCGCGUCCGAUUCGGUGCAGUCUCGUGGUGGUGCUUUGGCGGGCAUCUUCUCGUCUCCGAGCCGCCGAACACGACAGAUCCCACCCGCGGCGCCGAUUCCAUUUUACAGUGAGAGGGUUUCAAAAACUAAGCUCAGUGAGUAUUCAGAAAAGAUUGAAGCACUAGCUGCCACACUGGCUGCUUCAGUGAAAGAAAAUGAAAAUCCAGUUGAUGAGAUCAAAGAAGAAAGCUCUUGUGAAAGAGAAAAGGCUGAGAGUCCAAUAUCCUUGUCAGCAGGAUUGCGAAGGAGAUCAACUAGGGCUCAGGUGGAAGCUGGUACAAGCAGUCAUGAUAGAAAAGAAAGAGAGACUGGAGGGCCUAUUAAAUUGGAUGCAGAAGCUCAGGCUAACAUUGAGAAGCAUAGGGACCUGCAAGACAGUCUGAUAGACGAAAUGGUUGACUUAGCACGUCAGCUGAAGAAAAGUAGCCUUGUAGUGAACCAAUCCGUACAAGAUACAGAGAAGAUCCUUGAUUCCACUGAGAGAGCCAUGGAGCAUAGCUUGGCGAGCACCGGCAGCGCAACGGCGCGAGCCUCUGAGGUCUACUCGCUGGCCUCCAAGACAACCUGCUUCCAGUGGUUGCUCAUUUUUCUGAUGACCUGCAUGUUUGUCAUGGUGGUUAUGCUCAUACGGGUCACCUGAUGUCGUUCGCUGCGACCACUGAAAACGGUGUCAUCAGUAGCCGUUAAGAUUGUACAAUCUUCUAAAUGAUCCUUCUGAACAUAAACACGAACCAGUUUUCCGAAAUGAGCAUUGCUUCUCAUCGUCAUUGUGCAGUUCGCUGAAGAAAGACGCAUCGGCGCUCAGUGCACCAAGGUAACUGUCAAGUUUCAGAGAACUCUGAAUAUUGUGGCUUGAGAAUAGACUUAGACUUAUUCUGCAUU